UUAGCAUUUUAGUUUUCGCUUGUCAUUCUAAAUCUAAACUAAAUCAAGACGGUGUUUAAUACAAUAGCUAUUAAUUAAUAUACAUAUAAUCAUUAUUCAAAGAUGGCUUUAAUAGAUUAUUGCCGCUUAGAUGAGAAAAUCAACUUGAGACCUGCCGAUGGUCUGGCAUCCAUGAAUGAAGAUAUACUGGGAUACACUCAGAACUUUAUGAACAGUGUUCAACUCGCCACACCGCCUUUUGCUAAUCCAAUUGAAACACUAGCACAGUUCAACAAGAAGGAUGAGACAGGACGUCAAAUCAAAAUAGAGUUUGACCAUGGCACUACCACACUUGGGUUUCGUUACAAAGGUGGUGUACUCUUAGCUGUUGACUCCCGAGCCACCGGUGGUCAGUUCAUCGGUUCACAGUCAAUGAAGAAGAUUGUUGAAAUAAAUGAGUAUUUACUUGGUACCCUAGCCGGCGGUGCCGCUGACUGUGUAUACUGGGACAGAGUGCUGGCGAAGCAGUGCCGUCUCUACGAGUUGAGGAACAGAGAACGAAUCUCCGUGGCGGCGGCCAGCAAGCUGAUGUCCAACAUGGUGUACAACUACAAGGGCAUGGGGCUCAGCAUGGGGAUGAUGCUCGCUGGCAUUGAUAAGAGGGGUGCUCAACUAUACUAUGUGGACAGUGAAGGAACUCGCACUCCUGGGAAAGUGUUUUCUGUAGGAUCGGGGUCAGUAUACGCUUUUGGUGUUCUGGACUCUGGCUAUCACUGGGACCUGGAAGAUGUUGAGGCACAAGAGCUGGGCCGUCGCGCCAUAUACCACGCGACGCACCGCGACGCGUAUUCUGGUGGCAUCAUCCGCGUGUACCACAUCAACGACAAGGGCUGGGUUAACAUCUCCAACGAGGACUGCUCCGACCUGCACUACAAGUACCAGGCGGAGAAGGGCGUCACGGACCAGUUUUAAUUCUUUUUUUAUUUUAUUAAAUAAAUAAUUCUUAAUAAUA